AUGCCGAACUCUCACGAUCUAUCAACUCUAUGUUUCGUUAGUACUGUAACGCAACUCGAUGUUAUGUUUAUUUGUCGGACAUCUCUGGGUGUUCCGUCGGCGGUAACCACAAGUGUAUGCUGCGGCUGUGGGAAUCGGAUUUCCGGAAAAGCAGAUGGUUCACUCGGGGCUGGACGCUCUAAGAGCUCCUUGCCCUGGCUUCUGUCGAAUUCUUCUCUCGAGAAGGCAAGCGACUUGGUGAUAAAACGCUUGAGGGAUGUUCCUUGUCUCAAUUUAGCGUUGAGGAGCGAUUGCGGUGGAUACAACAUCGCUAGACCAAGCUGGAAGAAGAUAAAGCGUACUGCUUACUAG